AUUUUCAAUUAGUACGUUACUUUCCGCCUCUGUAUGCAGAACAUAGACCUUGGGAACAUUCCUUGUAUGAAAUGGCAUUCGUUAGUAAGUGUAUUUAAGCCUAAUCCGGUUUUAUGGAACUAUAACUACCUAGAUGGUACAAUAAAUAGAUCUCGGUCUUGUGAGGAAGUACCUCUCAACACGGACCUCGGUCAAUCUAAUGAUACCAAUCUUCAAGGUUAUUCAGCUAAACUUUUAGUACCUGUUAAUAAACAAUUUAUUGACCACUUAGGUUCAAAAAAUCUUUCGGGACCUCAGGGAAAGUUCAGGGGCUUCGGAGGUCACUAUGAAAUCUACACUUCCAAAUCUCUUAAUGAUAUACUAGACUAUCAGAUGCACUCAGGGAAUAAAACGCAUACACUUCAUCGACAUAAAAGUUCGUCGGGGUUGCUUUUGAACGAUAAUUUUUCAAGCAAUGCUUCGUCGUCCGACAGUUUGAAUGAUGUAAACUAUGAAAAUGGACAUUCAGACGAAGAAAAUCUUCCUGGUGCACGCAAACGUCAUGGUCUCCGUGAAGUUACUGACAAUUCAGAUGACGUCUCAGGGAAGAGCGUGAGUCUGGUACACUCAUGUAGUGAUUUCAACAGUUAUUGGAGUGAAAACGAGGAAGGUCAUGACAUCAGGAAUAGUGACGAUUCUGCUGUGAAUAGUGUGCUAGACGGUGUAACCGAACUUCACGUUAAUGAAAAAGAAAAUAAUUCGUUACCGCAGGAAGGUACUGAUGCUGCAGACAUAGAUUUCGACGUUGAUGCUGAUCAGGACAAAACAAAUCCAGCGUACAUACCACGAGGUGGGAGGUACUAUAUGCAUGACCAUCGUACACUAGAAGAAGACGUUGUAGUGGUUAAAAAGCGAGAAAGUAAUCGACGAUGGCAGCAUGACAAAUUUAAUUAUUAUGAUCAAGCCCCAAGGUCUACAGAGGAAAUCAUAUGGAGGUAUGGUACGAUAUUCGUAAAGAAAACAUAUGUCCGUUUGCAAAUAAGUCUGAUACUAAUGAUGAAAGUAACGUCCCUACGACAACCUCCAUCCCCUGCGAGACUAAUGAGACAUACCAUUCUUCACAUCAACCGAGUCAAGUAACCAGUACCAAAGUGCGAAACAGUGUGUUGUGCGGUAACGAAGGUCAAAAGCGUUCUGCUAGAACCCAAGGAAAAACCAUCACAUACUCUAGCAUCAAGUAUAAUGGUUAUAGUCGCUUUACAAAAAGCGACUGUCAUAGACGCAAUUUCUCCACACGGAAAGAUUCAAUUACGGAUGAGUUUCAAACUCAAGCUUCUUCAAGACCCAUAAAAGAGGAUUCUGUAUCUGGAACUAAUGUGCAUCGCAGUCAUCCUACUCCGACCCUUGAUAUGAAGCCUGCUUAUUCAACUAACACACAUGAUUCAUAUUGUAAACAUCAACAGGGUUUAAACCAUUCAUAUUACACAUCCAGCUCCAAUCUUUCCAGACAUAAUAGGGAAGACUCGUCAAAGCCCCCAGUCUCAAACUAUCAGUAUGUCAGUAAGAAACAGGCCAUUAACUUCGCUCCAGUAAACACAAAAAUCAGAAGAGUUUACAAACCUCAAGUAAUAAAGCACUCAAGUCACAUCCGCGAACAAGUAAAACGUGGAGAAAGAGUUCCAAAACGGUAUUCUGCUGUCCGACAAAAUGUAUCUAACAUUGAUUCAUCUACCGAUAAAAAAACACCAUUGCGGCUUCCAUCUCCUGUACACACUGAAGAGUCGUGUGGUUCUGUUGACGUUAAGGACUUAGUGGUUACAAAGUUAAGCACCCCAGGGAAUGUAGAUGAGGUUACUCAACUACAUAAAUCUGCAGCGGACUGUAAAGACGUAAUUGCAACUCAAGAUCAGGUCUGCACUAAAAUCACUGGUAUCAACACGUUUAGUCAACAAAAAGCGAACUCUCAACCAGUCAGUAUGAGUGUGCAUCCAGUUUCUCUAACACAUUUCCAGCCCUCCAUAGAAUAUAGCAGACGUAUUCCUACUGAAUAUUCAUCUGUCAAUCCACAUUUACAAACUAUAUAUUGCCCAAAUAUAUUUCAGCAUGAUCCACGCUACCAACCUCCAAGCACUGUGAUGUCAAACUACGUACUACCUAAUGCUCAUCAAGCUCAGAUACAUCGUUUAUAUGGAAAUGGAAUUCAAAAUAUGAAUUUACCAGUGCCAGUAGCCACGACUCUUUGUUUUGAUCAUGUGCCAUGUGGAGUCACAAGUUACAAAAUUUCUGGUAUUGUCAAGUUCUGGAUAGCAAUAACUGGAGACCUAUACGAUAUUUAUCUUCAUCAAAUUUCAUAAAUUCUAACCAAUGACCCUAGUCAAACAUACGUGAUGCACUUAGGUAUGACUGCGGUGGAGCCUCAUUGGAAUAGCGAGGAAAAACCAGUGUUCAACCGAAGAUUCCCGAAGAAACCGUUGGAAGUUAUUGAUCCUCGUGACGGAACAAGAGUUAAUAAAGUUGCACUUUCUGAAACGCAGUAGCAUGACUCAAAUCGUGUUAAUUUUAUAUACAAAUUUUCAAUGUACAUGUAUAUUUAUCAUGUCUUGCCUUGAAAAGUUAGUAAAUAAUAACUAAUCUUUAUGCCAAUCCCAAACUGUAGAUAUAACUUUCCCAGUUAUUAUUUCUGUAACUAAAUGUUCCAAGCUUUGUGCUUUUCUAAAUUACUUCCAGUGUAGUCACGAUUGCGAACUAUUUUUUGAAUAUUUCAAUCAAAUAAAAAUUAUAAGCGUUUUGCUU